ACAAAAAGCUGUUUACUCGCAUGCGCCCGUCAGAAUCGGCAGGCUAGCGCAGAAGCUCCAUUAAAUAUACUGCGGUAAAAUAAACGCUCAUAUUGUAAAGACAUGGCAGGGAAAAUAAAAUUUAAUGCAGUGCUCUUUGUACAAUCUGAGAAUCACUUCAUAUCUAUAUUACUCAGGCAGUGGAAAUUGCUGAUUUUUAAAGAUAACAGACCUUAAACGCGCUGAUUUUGCAUUUGACAUACAGUUCACCGAAAGCGCUUAUCCCAGGUUACUGGCAAAUUAAAAGUCCAAUUAGUAUUCUUUGGAAUGUACCCUAUUAGUAGACUGACUGCUUCAUAUCUGUUGAUACUGCUGCUAAACAGACAUUUAACUGACUAUAAGAAACUUUGCAAGAAUGUCAACACACUAACCCUAACCUCAACCUAACAGUCUACUUAUAAUCCAAUGAGAAUUAGUUGGCAUGAAGGUGCAAUGUGACUUAAACUCAACAAAUCAACAGAUAUUAAGCAUACGGUACAGUCUAAUACUCAAAUGGACAUUAAAAUAAAGUUUGACCAAAAGCAUAAACAUUUUAUUUUCUUUACUGUUUACUACAGAAGGUACAGCAGAAACAUGGUAUGAUCAAACAGAAAAGGUUUUACAGUAUUGCUUACAGUGAACAAAAUAUCCACCAAACACACAAGAUUCUGAACAAAAAACCCAGAUGAAGUGGGGGAUUAAAAAAAGCACAAAAUUACUGUUUCUAAUCUUUGCAAUCUUCAUGUUUUCAUUAACAUCAGUCCUCAAAGUCCUCUGUCCUACUGUAUAGGUGUAAAUGUAAUAGAGUCUAAGUCAGACUGGAAUCAGCUGUGCUUGGCCCAAUGUACCCAACAUAAAUCAUAAAAAAUAUUAUUUAACUGUUUGCUGAUUAUCAGCUGAGAUACAUAUUUUUAUAUUGAUAUUAUUUUUGAACUGAUAUCAUUGUGGAAACAGAGGUUUUUAUACUGCAUCUAUGGGUUGAAAUAUUGUUUUUGCUAUUGUGGGAUGUUGUGUGUUCAUAAAUACUACAAAACUGUCUGUUAAGAAAAUAUAAGCAUUGUGGAAAUGUGUUCACUGACUACAUAUUAGGUGAAAACAACAUAAAAUGUUUGAAUGGUAUGACCACAAAAGACCAAAGCUGUGCUAAUUGUGUUUAGACUUUUGAAAAUGUGACAACUGUUUGGACAAACGCUUGUUAGCGACUGUAAAACUGUAAUUACAAAUCUGAAAAAAAAGCCCCUUCAUAAAGUAAGCUGCAUGCUUUGAGGUUAUUGCUUACGCUUGUACCACAGAUGUGGAGAUGUAUAGUAUACUAAGGUUGUGUACUGGAUUUUUUGGUGUUUAGAAUGACUUUUUAAAUUAUGAAAAAAACAAGUGAGGUUUCAGAACUAUAAGUACAAGACAUUAAAAUCUUACAUAAGGGUAUUUAGGAAACAAGAACAGGUGCAUUAGUACGUGAAGCAUGGAUUAAGUGAAUCUGACAGUUGCAUCUCCAAACCUGUCACUCAUGCAAUUGAAUUUCUGUGAUGGAACAGGAUCUCUAGUCUCAUUACUCAGUCAACACCUCACCUGUAAACCACAAAACCCCACCCACCAAUGCCUGAAGGUAAACCCGUCUGCGAACGCAGCUACUAACUUCCCUUAAUCUGAGGAGGAGCCAAAAAACUCCUCUCCUCAGAGCCCCAGGGCAGCACUAGCAUUCACAUUUAAAUUCACAGAUAUGACAAAUGAGUUCUUAUUGUGCAGAGAAGCACAUGCACCUGAAAAGAUGCACGGUACAUGAACAUUUGAUGAUCACCUUCAGGACCAUUCAGCGCCUUUGGCCAUGUUUGAAAGCAUACGCGUCUGGCUUUGUGAAGCAUGAAAGACAGCUAACAAGUAAAGCUGAAAGAGCAAGAGCCAACCAGUCAGAUGCGACUCGUACGCGUUCAACAUGAAUCUCGUAAGUAAUGGACUGUCCGUGCAGUGCUACCUGAAGCCAAAGAUGAUGGGGAAAAUGCGGAAAAGAGUUCAGGAGAUGAGAAACCCAAACGCCAUGGUGCCUUCAUUGGAUCUGAGUCAUAAUGAAAGCACACGACUGGCCAUGGAUGCUCUCCUGGACAAAGGGAUUGAUGGAUAUCAGAAAGCGUUGAGAAAAGAGAAUGAAGCCAACUUUCUGUCUGCGGAGGAGAAAGCGUACAUCUUAAAUCACGUGAAAAAGCCUCACACUGAUGAGGACGAGGUAGACAGGGAUGAAGAGAUGUCCAGUUCUCCGUCAGUUUCUUCUGAGACGUACUUUCCAGUGGCCACUGAAAGCGAGCCUCCAGUUCUGGACUACGGCUGGCCGGUGGCAGACUGGACUUACCAUCUGCAAGGUAUUCCUAGUGUGGAAGUGUUUUUCCAGUCAGUCAAAUCGUCCUCCAUGAAAGACAUGCUGCGGGAGCUCAUCAGGCAAGCAACAAAAGUUUUGGCGAUCGUUAUGGACACGUUCAGCGAUGUGGAGAUUUUCUGUGACAUACUUGAGGCCACAAGAAAGCGCAGUGUGUACGUCUACCUGCUUCUGGACCACACUAAUUUACAGCUGUUUCAGGACAUGUGUGAAAAUGUCAAAAUCAACAAGUCCCACCUCUCUAGAAUGUCCAUUCGUAGUGUUGAAGGUGACACUUAUUGUGCGAAAUCAGGCAGAAAGUUCACCGGACAAGUAAAGGAGAAGUUCAUUAUUGUGGACUGUACAAAAGCGCUGGUCGGCUCCUACAGUCUCACCUGGCUGUCCUGGCAGGUUCACAGAAGUUUGGCUGUGCUUUUCAAAGGCAGUGGGGUGAAACCUUUCGACCUGGAGUUUCGCAGACUCUAUGCCAUUUCAAAACCAGUUCCUGGCUUUUCCUCAAACUCGUCAAAUCCCGGCGAUCUCAACUUUCCAUCUGAGAAACUCCAGAUCCCCAUGUGCCCAACAGGACUUGCUGGAAACACUGCUGACCACACACAACAGAAAUCUUGUAAGCCCAGAACCCAGAGUUUCCCAACACCACCUGUCCUGGCCAGACAAAACAGCUAUCCGAGCUUCACCACUGGACAACAGAGAUCUCAAUGGCUUUCAUGGAGGAACACGAUUCAACAUCCCGUUACUUCUCAGUCACCGCUCUUUAAAGAUUAUAAUGCCAGAAGCCAAACUUGGCGUCCAAUACAGGGCAUUCACAUCAACAGAUGUGCACCUGCAGCUCCACAUUGGUGUUAGAGCCGUUUAUUUAACCCUUGUGUAUUGGUCAAAUUGACUACCUUUUCAUUAUGUUCGUGGCUGUUUUUGCC